UAAUGCAUUUUCGUAUGGUAAAAGGGAGGAGUAGGUGAUAGAUACCAAAAUCAUUUCAACCAGGCUAUAAGAAGAGAUGUUGUGUUAGAAGUUACUACAACACUCUCACUCAAACUCUAGCACCACUUUAAUUCCAAUCCCUUCUCUCUCCAAAACCUUCACUUUCCUCUCCUCCAAUCAUGGCUUCAUCAAACCGACACUGGCCUAGCAUGUUCAAAUCCAAACCCCCUCAUCUCCAAUGGCAGCAUGACAUCAACUCCUCCCUACUUUCUUCCAACAAAACCCCCUAUGCACAAGGGCACGCCUGCGAGGAGAGAACUCCGGAGCCAAAGCCGCGGUGGAACCCUCGGCCCGAGCAAAUCCGGAUUCUGGAAGGCAUCUUCAACUCGGGGAUGGUGAAUCCUCCCCGAGAUGAGAUACGCAGAAUUAGGGCUCAAUUGCAGGAAUACGGCCAAGUCGGAGACGCCAACGUCUUCUACUGGUUCCAGAACCGCAAAUCAAGGAGCAAGCACAAGCAGCGCCACCUCCAAACCACCUCCAAGCCUCAGCCACCCGCUCCAUCUCCCCCUCCUUCCUCCUCCUCCUCCGACAAGUCUUCAAGCGAGAAAUCCAUCUCCGUCUGCCCUUCCUCCGUCAUUGACCUCCUCAACUCGCCAACCGCUUCCGUCAACCAACCGUUCCUCCAUUCCCCGGCCGAAUUCCUCGCCGAGCCCUUCUACUUUCCGGUGCAGCACGCGCAAGAGCUUUGCUUCCCUGUGGCGGAUCAGACCCCCAAUUUUCUCCUCAGCGAGCUCAUGCUAAUGACCAAGAAACGCGAAGACGAAGAGAAGAUGCAUCAACAGCUCAGCUUCACGAACAACACCGUCGUCCCUCCAUCUCUCUGUGUCCCUUCUCCCAGCACCCAUCAUCUUCUUCAAGGUGUGGAACAAUGCGGCCCCACCAAAUCCACCGUGUUCAUCAACGACGUCUGCUUCGAGAUCGGAGCCGGCCCGUUCAACGUCCGCGAGGCGUUUGGCGAUGACGCCACGCUCUUCCACUCGUCCGGGCAGCCCGUGCUGACGGACGAGUGGGGUCUCACUCUCCACCCCCUCCAUCACGGCGCAUUCUACUAUCUCCUCCGCCCCUUCCUCAAAAUUUGAUUUGGAAGCAACUGAGGAAGGGUGGUAGAUGGGAGUUUCUAGAUUUGUAAGGUUUUAUCAUUUUCUUCAUAAUGGAACCUACUGUUGGAUCAUCAAUGUUGGGAACAAUCUCUCUACAUGUUUUUAGGAACCAAACUGUUUGUUGUUUUUAUUUAUGUGUGUCUUUUCAAAUCAAAGUAACUCAAAUGGGACAAUGUUUGAGUACUUGCUCAAGAAUGUCUUCACUCUCUUGAUCAUGUGUUGGUAUUUGGAUAUAAAUAUAAAACCUGAUUUGCUGUA